GAUAAACAAAUUUAAUAUAAAAUGUUUCGAAUUUGACGGUCUUUACUUGUUUAUCAUAAUGUACAGCUUGGUCAAGUGCACUUUUGUUGUGUUGGCUGCAACCGCAGCCUCCGGCUUUAACUUGGGUGAUAGAGAUGUCAUCUUCCAUCUCUUCACACAGGAGAACCCUCAGGUGAGCCAACCGCUGCUCCCGUCAGUGAGCUCCAUAAUGGCAUCUGCAUUCUCUCUAAAUCGACCGACUGUCAUUACCAUCCACAGCAAUGCAGAAAAUGUGUCUGGCAACUUUAACGCCUUCGUAGUUCCCGCCCACCUCUCAGUUCAAGACGUGAACCUCAUCGCCGUGGACUGGAGCCCACGCUCCGGUAUCUACACAGAGGGCCUCGCUAACGCACCUCAGUGCGGAAGAAUAAUCGCGGAUUUCAUGAACAUUGUUAUCAGACAGUUCGGCUACGACUCCGACAGGAUCCGUAUCGUCGGCGUCGGUCUCGGAGGCCACAUCGCUGGUAUCGCUGCUAGACACAUUGAAGGAGAGGUGCCUCACAUCAUAGCUCUCGACCCGUCGCUGCACGGAUGGAGUCACCACCCUGAUAAACUCAACCCCGACGACGCUAGUGUUGUGGAAGUCCUGCACACCACUGCCGGAAACCUCGGCUACGACUAUCCUCUUGGUGACCUUGAUUUCUACCCUAAUGGCGGCAGCGAACAAAUGGGCUGUGGCUCCGACAUAUCAUGCUCUCAUACUUACGCCUAUGCUUUCUACGCCGAAUCUCUGACUAGUGAAAUAAACAAUGGGAAUGCCUUCGUCGGCACAGCCUGCGAGAGCUACGAGCAGGCUAUUGUCUUGGCUUGCUCGGGUGACAGAGACGCUACCUUCGGUGGAUCCGAACCUAAAUUGUUUGAGAGCGGCAUCUACGUGUUCCUGACGAAUUUCUUGCCUCCAUUCGCUAGAGGUUAAAUGACUUAAGAAUUAUACAUACAUGCAUGCAUACAAUAAAUUAAAAAUACAUUUGUUAAUUUAAUUGAAUAACUUUCUUUCUUUAUCCGAAUGUAAUGAAAUCGAACCAUCACAUAUUUUCAAGUAGUACACAUAUAUCGAUGUCUUUAAUCAUGUUGCGGAAACUAUUUCGAUUGAAUCCUUCCGGCCGUUUCCUUCUAACCAACUUUCAAGGAUCCAUAUCUCCAAACACAUCUCACACACAUCACAAACUGUCGCAUAAAAAAUACUAAUAAAAUAAGUAGGCAAAUAUAAUUUCUCGAAAUCUUGAAGAAGUGGUCAGGAUAAGGCAAUGUGUUAAAACAAUAAAUUAAUGAGAAACUC